AUGCAAAAUAAUUUUCGAACAUUCCUAACGAUUCGCGCCGCGUUGUUGCAUCGAGUAAAAUUUGCAGAAAUAUGGAAAGAUAUUUUAAAAAAGCUGUGCCGGCUCCAAUUGAGACAUCUUCGAGUGAAGAGGACAAUUUGAAUGAAGUUGAACCGAAAAAUACUAAAAGGUGUUCCCAAAGAAUUGAUUUACAAACAUCCGAGAGUGAAAGUUCGUGCAGCUAUUCGGAUGAGGAAUCACCGCGCAGAAAGACCAAAAGAUAUACCCAACAAGUGAGAAAAGCUUGGUUCAGCGAUAAAAGGUUUAAAGAUUGGAUAUCUGAAUAUGAUGACAAAAUAUUGUGUAAGUUUUGCGGCUGUAAAUUGACACCAAAAUUAUGCACUUUGAUAGCGCAUGCAAAUACGAAAAAACACAAAGCAACAGCAGGUCCAUUUUUAAGAGGAAAGCAGGCAACAAUUUCUUUUAAAGCUGUUGGUAUUAUUUAUGAUACAAAGCGAGCCGAAUUAGCUAACGCACUUUACGUCGCUUCACACACAGCUAUCUGUUCCGUAGAUCAUUUAUCUACGAUUCAAAGAAACUCGUUUCACGACAGUUCAAUAGCUACAGGAAUAAAACUGGCUCGAUCAAAAUGUAGUGCUUUAAUUCGAAAUGUGCUAUGUCCAUAUUUUAAAAAUCGGUUACUUUCUGAUAUCGGUAGCAAUCCAUACAGCUUAAUUAUUGAUGAAUCGACAGAUAUAAGCGUUAAAAAGUACCUCGGAAUAGUGAUAAGAUAUUAUAGCGCUACCAGCAAAUCAAUUGUUAAUACAUUUCUUACACUAUCAGUUAUCGAGGAUUGCACGGCAAAAGGAUUAGUAGAUUCAAUCUUAAAAACAUUGAGUGAGUUUGGGUUAGAUAUUAAAAACUUAAGGGGCUUAGGAACAGAUAAUGCUAGUGUUAUGGUAGGCAGAAACCGAGGCGUGAUUUCUUUAUUAAAGCAACAUCAACCUAAUAUUGUUUUAGUUCCAUGUGUUUGCCAUUCGAUCCAAUUGGCUGUUUCGUCUGCUUCGAAAUUACUUCCCAAUAAAAUUGAAUUUUUGAUAUCAGAAACAUAUAACUGGUUUUCUAAAUCCGCAAGUAGACAAAAUAGCUAUUCCAUGUUGUAUGCUGCCAUAAAUGAUGGGCUAGAACCUUUACAAAUGGUUAGAGCCUGCUCUACUAGAUGGCUGUCUAUCGAAGUUGCCGUUAAAAGAGUAACCAGUCAAUGGUUGGAAUUGAAAACGCACUUUGGUAUUGCUGCAACAGUGGAAUGCUGUCAUAAAGCGAAGCUGUUGGCAAAUCUGUUCUCUGACGAAAAUUUAGCUUAUUUAAUGUUCCUUGGCCCUAUAUUAAAAGAAGUUCAAAUGGUGAAUAAGCUUUUUGAAAGCAAUUCUGUAGACCCCCUCAAGAUGUUCAGUGACUUAAAGUAUCUACUUUCAAAUCUUUGCUCACUUGUUACUUACUCCUCAGAAACUUUUGACCCAUUGUCUUCUCCGUUGUUGCCGUUAUUAAUUCCUCUUCCUUGUUUCCAUUACUCCUUUGAGGAGUUUAUGAAAACAAACAUUAAUGAUAUAGAUACAGAAAAAAAUAUACGAGAUAACUGCCGUAGUUUUCUUAUUAAACUAAUAGAGCAAUUACGCCAACGUUUGCCAAGUAAUAUCGACACUUUGAAAAAUAUUAAUUUCUUUUCUAUGGAAAAAGCACUGAGCGCUGUAAAAACAAACAUAUUUGAUAGUUUCAAACAAGAAAAAUGUAGAUAUACAUCUGACGAGAUAAGUAACAUAGAAAUGCAAUGGAAGAAAUUGCAUCUAAUCGAAUGGGAAGGCAUAGAUUCCACAGUUGCAUUUUGGACACAGGUUCGGGAGUAUAAGAAUGCGUUCGGGGAAAAUCCUUUUGCCAGUCUUUCUAAUUUUGUUUUUGAAUUUUUGGUUCUGCCGCUAAGCAAUGCGGAGGUUGAGCGUAUUUUUAGUACGAUGAAUAAUGUAAAAACUAAGUUUAGAUGUAAGAAAACAAUAAUUUUCCCGGUAGCACGCGGCAAUCAAAUUCUACACCUGCAAGAACCUACCAUAGCUACAUGUCAGAACCACACGGUAGCCGUAAAGAACUGUAGCAACACAACUCCGGCAUUCUGCUUAACAUCAUCAACCGAAUCAUGCGCGUUGCAACUAAUGACGCACAAUACCGCCAACUGCGGUACCACGUUUAUUACAACGAUAGGCGACGGCUUGAUUGUUAUUAAUGAUCAAAUUGCGAUAAUAGAAGAAAACGACGAAAUCCCAGUUACAGUCAACGGGACUUACUUGGUGAACUUUGAGAAACAGGUGAAAGUCAACGGAACUUUAUUUUAUAACGAAAAUUCCACAGCACCUUUGAAACCCGAAGUGCCAUUGUCCCCAAAUAUCAACCUGACGCAGCACAUAGAAAUUUUAAGUGCCCCCUACCUUCACCACGUAAACCAACAGAACCUUCGACAUAUUAAACAUCUGAAAGAAAGCAUUGAACGCAGUAGCAUAACGAAUUAUGUUCGCAUUGGAGCUUUUGUAAUUAUGGGAUUACACGCAUACGCAUUUCAGCGCGCAGUUGUAAACAGGAAGAAAAUCUCCAUAGCCAAGUCCGUCAAAGCGGCAAUUGAAAACACCACCACGGGGGCCGCGGACGCCCCUCACUUAGAAGGGGAGAAGUUAUCAUAA